UUGCUCAAGGAAGAGCUCGUUUUGGCGAUCAACUUUAUCGAGCUUAUUGCGACUGGGGUGAGGUCAUCGUGCUCUCUCCAAGGCAUAUUGAAGAGCUUCGAGGUGACUCUCGCCUGUCUUUUCUGGUACCUGCAAACGAUAAUAAAGGAUACACAUGGCUACAUUCCCGGCUUCGAUGCGUUUUCCUUGGACGACCGUCUCGCCAAGAUAGUAACGAAGUAUUUGACCAAAGCCUUGGCAAAGCUUACCGCACCUAUUUCAAAUGAAGCCACGCAAGCAUUGAAGACAGUUCUAACAGACUCUAAUGACUGGCAUGUGAUUAAUCCGAAAGACGAUCUCGUCCGCAUCGUGUCUCGAAUGUCGACUAGGAUAUUCAUGGGAGAGGAACUGUGCAGAGACGACAACUGGAUCAGGGCAUCAGGCGACUAUACUGUCGCUGCAUUCUCGGCCACCGACGACGUCAGAACCUGGCCACGAUUGCUUCGACCCAUCGUUCAUUGGGCAAUGCCAACUUGCUGGGACCUCCGUCAAAAGCUUACCCAGGCACACGCCGCUCUCGAACCUCAUAUUCAACGGCGCAAUCAGAUAAAAGAAGAUGCAAUGGCACAAGGAAAGCCCUCUCCAUUUGACGAUCUGAUCGAAUGGUGGGAAACGGAAUAUGGUCAUUCCAAGGAUCACGCCAAGCACCAACUCACCCUCACUGUCGUUGCUAUUCACACAACUAGCGACCUUCUUCAACAGACCAUGAUUGACAUCGCAUUGAACCUCGAGAUCCUGUCGCCGCUUCGAGAAGAAGUAGUCAGGGUUCUGGGAUCUCAGGGCCUGAAAAAGACAGCGUUGUACAAUCUCAAGCUGAUGGACAGUGUGAUCAAAGAAUCGCAAAGAAUGAAGCCAGCUUUGCUAGACGGCUACCUCAUCAAGAGAGGGCAGAAUCUGGUCGGAGAUGGCACUCAUAUGUGGAACUCGGAAUACUGGAAGGACGCGGACAAGUUUGAUGGCUACCGAUUUCUUCGCCUGCGAGAGAUGACUGAAGGAGAAAAGCAGGAGGAUAGCAAGACGGCCCAUCUCGUCAGCACCAGCUCCAAGCACCUUGGGUUUGGUCACGGACUCCACGCCUGCCCAGGACGAUUCUUUGCUGCCAACGAGAUCAAGAUCGCGCUAUGCCACCUCCUGCUGAAGUAUGAUUGGAGGUUACCAGAUGGUUUCCGACCGAAGGCUACGCCUUUUGCCGCGGUGGCCUCGGCUGCACUUGUGGCUGCCAACCCUGUUCCCCGCCAAGCGUCAAACUUCGUCGGAUACCUGAUUUCGACGUUCAGCGAUGCCAACCCGAAGGUCCAAUUCCAUCUUUCUAACGGAAACAGUGCCUCUAGCUUCAAGUUCUUGAACAAAGGCCAGGCUGUUCUGACCUCAACCGUUGGCACAAAGGCAGUCCGAGAUGUCUAUCUCACAACCAACCCGUCCCGAUCUGAAUGGUAUCUCAUUGCCACGGACCUCGACAUCAAUGCCGCUGGUUUCAAUUGGGACAAAGCCACCAGAACGGGCAGCCGCGGAAUCGUUGUCUGGAAGUCGACCAACUUAGUUGACUGGUCUGCUCCGUCUCUCAGAAUUGUGGAAGCUGACACGGCCGGCAUGGUCUGGGCUCCGUCCGCAGUCUGGGAUGACGCAAAGGCUCAUUGGUACGUCUUCUGGGCCUCUCGACACUACAGAUCUACGGAUACAGGCCACACGGGCACCGCAACUCUCGACCGUAUCCGUUACACGGCGACGAAAGACUUUGUCACAUUCAGUCCUGCCCGGGACUAUGUUGCUCUUGCCGAUACCCCACUCAUCGAUCAAGAGUUCCAGUACUUGGGUACCCCUGGAGCGUAUGCUCGUUUCCUCAAGAACGAGACAACAAACCAGGUGUACCAGGAGGUCACCUCGGAUGGCAUUUUUGGCACCUGGAGGCGAAUUCCAGGAUACGUACGAAACGAGAGCCCUCGUGAGGGACCUGCUUCGUUCGCUGACAACACCAACUCGAAUCUGUACCAUCUGCUGCUGGACGACUACACGCAAUAUGUACCUUUCCAGACAAGCAACAUCCAGUCACCCAGCUGGUCAGCUUCCAGCACUUCUGGGUUUCCCAAGGGACUGAAGCACGGGUGCGUCACACCAUUGACGCAGACGGAGUGGAAUGCUCUGAACUCAAGGUUUCCUGCUUGA